GGCGAAGGCCAUAUUGAUUCCGUACGCCAAGAAAACCACUUUCAAGAAUCCAGAGUCAUCAACACCAAACUAACUUUUUGUCGUACCUUUCAUUGGGCAGAACACUUCAAAAGGACUAUAUGAACGUAAACGCUCAACUUCCAGGCCACUUUGCUCCAGGAGACCCCUUUUUAAUUGGAGAUGAAAAUGAGGGGGCAUCUGGAGCAUCAGAGAGUUUGAUUCACAUCCGAAUCCAGCAGAGAAAUGGUAGAAAAACCCUGACCACAGUACAGGGGAUUAGUCCCACCUUCGACCUGAAGAAAAUUGUAAAGGCAUGUAAAAAGGAGUUUGCCUGUAAUGGGACAGUAGUUGAACAUCCUGAGUACGGAGAGGUCAUACAAGUGCAAGGUGACCAAAGAAACAACAUUAGAGAUUUUCUCAGAAAGAUUGGCUUAGCAAAGGAACAUCAGCUUAAGGUUCACGGUUUCUAAGAUGUAAUAAUGGACAUAGAUGCCGAGUCAUCUUCAUUGGUUGAGUCAUCAUUAUUAACACUGAGAGGUACUCCACAAGUCAAUCAGUUGUCUCCCUUUCAUAGUCUACACGUGUCAAUUCGAUUGUGAAGUAAAAAGGAACAAAUGGACAAUGGAAAAUGAGCCUUAAGAUGUGAAACAAGAGUGGAUAAUUUAAGUGUAAAGGACAAGAGUGAGAAACUAGCAUGAAUAAUAUAGAUAUUGAGAACAGUGUAAAAUAUUUAGUGUUCUUGAGGCAAACUUGGAAUUUCGCAAUCAUUCCUGAAUUGCCAAAAGAUGUGAACAAUUAAUUUAAUUACUGUGUUUGAUAAAUUACAUUUGGUAAAAUUGAUAGAUUUUUUUCAUCAAAAAUAUUAUUUAAAGCAAAACAUUGACAUUUUGGCAUCAUUAGUUCGUCUUAGAUUUCGUAUCUGAGAUGAGUUGUAUUGGAAUUUCUGAAAUUAAGAUGACACAGUGUACCUGUAGUGAUAGGAGUCCAGAGAUAUUUUGUACAUAAUUAUGCAUUGAUUAAUAUUAUCAUUUUGUCAUAAAAUAAAGAAAGCUUUUGUAAUAAA